AAAAAAAAUAGUGAAGAAAAAAUAAUUGAAAUUUUGAACAAAUUAUUUAGUAAACAAAUUCAAGUCAAUGGCGAAAUUGGACGAAAUGAUAAGAGAUGACACUACAAUAUGCGGUGAAAUUCUUCAUUAUAGCUUCUUAAAGUGAAUUAUUUUAGCAUCUAUUCAGCAAAAUGUAAACAAUUUUCGUAGUAAUUGAAGCUUCGCGUUAAAAAUAAAUUGUUUUUCAUGCUGAAAAUGUAUACUAAUCUGCAUUUAUUUUUCAACCAAUUUCCCUGCUUUAAUAUUUUGGGAUCCUUUUCGUGUUGUUCGUUGCUGUGAUUAGUUUUCCUUGUACGCUUGAUCUAUCAAAUGCUGUGAUUUUUGCAUCGAAAAUGGCAGAUAAAAAAGCUGUUCCACUGGUUGGAGUGAAACCAGUUCCUAUGAAAUUGUUCGCCACUUGGGAAGUGGAUCGAACUCCUCCAAAUUGUAUACCAAGGUUGUGUUCCUUAACUCUUACAAGACUGGUCCUUCUGAAGUCAUUAGGGGCUGAUUUGAAUUCAAUUGUAAUUGCAGUUAAAAUGCAAGGUUCAAAACGAACGUUACGUUCAAACGAAAUGACUUUACCACUUAAUGGACUUCUAGACACCGAAUUACAACUCAGCUUUUCAUUACAAUAUCCUCAUUUUUUGAAAAGAGACGGUAAUCGACUCCACGUUAUGUUGCAACGACGCAAACGAUAUAAAAAUAGAGCCAUACUCGGGUAUAAAAUUUUAGCCGAAGGAGUUAUCAACAUGUCGCAGGUAUUACAACAUCAUAUGGAAAUGGAACUGGAUUUAGUAAGCGAUUGCAAAGAAGCUAAAGGUCAUAAUGUAGUAGUAGCCAAAAUAUCUGUCUGCUCUUUGAGCAGCCAACCUGUAGAUCACGAAGAGAACAAUAAAUCUGCUGUAGGUCGAGGUGUACCUGAUUAUUCGGACGAAGACGAAGAUUUCAGCAGCGGAAACGACGAAGUCGAAGUUGAAGGAUCCGAUUCAGAGCCCGUAAUUGACGAACGAAGACGUGGAAGGAAAAACAAAAUGAAUGGGAACGUAAGGCAAAGAAAUUUAAAGCAGAAGUUCAUAUCGUUGCUUAAACGUUUUCGAGUGAAUGAAGAUUUACAGUCUUUAGAUAAUGACCAAGAGACCAUAAGUCGUAAGCUUUCUGCUGUUGGCGGAGAUAUGGAUGCGGUUGAUAUCGAAGAUUUAUUCGAAGAACUCGAAGAUUUGAGUGAUUCUGGUCCUGAGAUCGAUACUAUGAGUAUAUCAUCUACUCCGAAACCGUCUCUUAGACCUUUUUUCUCAAGCAGUCGAUCAUUACUCCACGAUGGUUUGAAUACUCCUGGCCGCCUGCUACAUAAGAAAAAUUGUCACAAUUUGACCAAGGCUACAAUGAAUAACAAAAGUGCAGAACGUACAUUGGAAAGAGUCAGCGAUGAGAGUUCUAAACGAGCUGAUUCUGAUUCUCAUCAAGAAACAUGGACGGAUAGUGACCCACCUCCACCUAAUACAUCUCCUUCAAAAAAUCACGUUGAAGAAAAGAAAGAAGAAAAAGAACGCAAUAAAAGCAGACUUUUUAAUCGUGAUCGUAAUAAUUCGUCGGCUGGAAAAGUGAAAAAGCUUUAUAACUCUUCGUCUGAAGUGAGCACAAUGAGAAGUACUGAUUUACUAAGCCCGAAUCGAUCGCAAGAUAUUGUCGACGUACGUAGAUCUUUUACAGAUCAAAUAAGUAAGAUUUUCCCCUCAGAUGAUGGACUUCCAGAUGUGCUGUAUUUGAUUAAUACAGCUGAACAGUUUGGUAAUCAACUUUUUAACGUUUUAUACGACAGACAAUACAAAGUAAUGGCCCUUUGUGGAUCUUCCGAUAUUCGUACGGGAGUGGCGUUUCUAGUCAAUAAGAUGCAAAAAUAUUGUAAUUCUUGUCCCAAACCUCCGCCUCAAAUCAAGUUACUUUUAGCUGGUACAGACAGCUAUGUUCAUACUGUUUUAAGACAUUGGAUUGAACAACUUUCAUCAAAACCACCUGACUGGAUAUCGUUUAUUCGGUUUUUUGUGAUUCCUCUAGGUUCUGGAUAUUUGUGUAAGUAUUUAGGAAGUUUAGAUAAUGUUUAUAAUACUUUGUUCGUCACUGAUACUUGGAAAGAGAAGUUUGAAAAUAUGGAUUUCGAUGAGAUCAUAAUACGUAUUCAACGGUAUCUACAACAAGCCAAUUCUUUCGUACAGUUACCUAUUGCCGAAGCAAUGCUCACUUAUAAAGAUAAAAGUUCUACGGAAGAGUCAUCGCAGAUUUUCAUUCCUUUUAUUGUUGAUGUUCGGUUAGGAAACGUAGAUAAUCAAUUAACCAAUAGCAGUAUAGACACUGUAUUAGAUGAAAGUCAAACUAUAUCGCCAGGAGUUACGAUCCCUUGUACUAUUUUAAAUACAUCGUCACCUCCGAGUACUGCUGCGGACAAAAGACUUGAAAAGCCUGGAACCCCGCCCAGUUCUCCUAAUAUUAAUUACCACAUUACUAGUCAAUAUAGGGAUUUAUGCGAACCGUUGGAACUGCAGCUAGAUUAUUGGUUAAUUUCUUCGAAAGUUGGUGAAAUAAAAAAUGACGCUGGUAGCAGCGGUAAGAAAAGUGAUUCUGGAAAACUGACGUUGAAAAGUGCGUUCCGUUCUUUACAAGUAUCGAAGCUUUCUUUUAGUGAAUCCCCCGUCGCUCAGUUUAGCAUAAAUUAUUCGACGAAAGAGAAAAAACAAAAAAUAAUGCGUUUGGGAAAGAAGAAAGAAAAGGAAAAGGAGAAUGAACCGAAAAGUCAGGUUGUUGACGGAAUUUCAAGAUUAAUAUGUUCACCUAGAACUCAAAACAUUCCUUUAAAUGUUCAUAUUGAUGGAAAUGAGUGGACAGGCGUUAAAUUUUUUCAAUUAUCAUCACAAUGGCAAACUCAUAUCAGAAAUUUCACUAUUAGUCUAUUCAGCGGGCCGCCUGAACAAACCACAAAUUAACGAAUGAUGGCACCGUAAAUGGUGAAGUUUUUUUUAAAAAAAAUACAAGUAGAUUAUAAAAUGAAUUGAACUACGACUAUUAUUACGUAUAAUAUAUUUUCGAAUGCAGAAUUUUGAAUUUGAAUAAGGUUGUGACAUAUCAGCGCAUAAACUUACGAUGACGCUUUUCUGUUUACAUUAGUCUCUAUGUACCAAAGAAUUAGGUUUUUUAAAAUUUAUUUAUCUAUUUUUGGUAAUUAUUUAGUGUGUGUAUUUGUGCGUGUGUUUAUUUUUCUAAAUGUAAUCCUUUCAAUACUGCUUUUUGAAUGACUUUGACUUUCAAUGUUUGUGGAUUAUUGUCUUGUGACGAUCGAAUUUUAUUUUAUUUAUUAGUUUUUAUUAUUGUACGAGUAGAGAUGACGUAGAUUAUUACUUAUAUACUUCUUAUGUACUGUCGCAAUUGAAAAGUUUAUCUAUUUAUCUAUCCACAUUGAUGGAUAAUCUAUGCUUUAUUUAUGUGUAUCAAUACGUGUAGAUAUACUUUCGUACCAGUUACUUGAAAAUUUUAUAAUGAAGCUUUUGUACGUAUGCCAUAAUAUACCUACUUAUACGCAAUUUUUUUUAAAGCUCAAUAUACGGACAAAUUUUAACCUUGGCCAUCGGUAAUUUUUUUUCUUGCGUUAAAUUUUACUCCAUUAAUGAUAGAAACGUUGAUACUUAUUCCUGUUCUAUGAUAAUACCAUUUUUUUGUUUUUGUUUUUUCUUUUCUUUUCUUUUCUUUUCUUGUACCUUCUUGGCAUUGUCUAUUGAAAUUUAUAAGCAAUGCUAGAGUUGUUUAAUAAUCUAAAGUAAGAUUUUGAAUUGAUGUUUUUUGUGAAAAUUUAUAUUUCUAAGUAUUUAUGGUUGUUUAUGCUUGAACACUUUCACUUUUUAAAAUCAGAUUUAUAUCUCGUGCUUUUAAUCCAUAAAGUUCCUUAUUUUAUAAUUUUAUAAUUUUUGCUUUUUUUCUUGUUUUCAUAUUAUUCUUAUUUUUAUUCAAAUUACGCAGUCUGUGGUGUUGAAAAUUCUCAUUAUUUGUAUGACAACAUUUUUUUAAAUGAGAAUUUCGUGACAAAAUUGCUAAGAUACUAGUUUUAUUACUUUCGUUUGCUUAUUUUCAGUUGAUAAUGUUCUGAAUAUUCAAACAUUAACAAACCAUGAAAACGAUUUAAAAAGAACUUUUCCCCGCUCUGGUUGCAUUGCCCUUACGUCAGUGUUCUAAAAGGAUGCUUUAAAAGUAUUCAAUACUCAUUUUAAAAUGCAUAAUUCAAGUGAUGGCAUGACAAGUUCUUAUUUCUUUUUUAAAUAUAAAACGUUUCGAUUUUUUUUGUUCAAUGAAAAAAUUUUUGUUUCAUUUUUAGAAUAAUGACGUUAUUUUUUAUUGCAAAUGAUGAAUUAGUUCGUAAAAAAUAACGUUCUUCAUCGAACAUGAAACUACGCUGGAAACCAAAGUCUUCUUGUAAAAUAUUUUCUUUUGUAAAGCCAACAAAAUGUACCUCAAUUAUAAAAUUUGAAAAAAUCACAAUCACAUAAUGAUGAGGAAAUAGUGUACCUAGUACAUAUGAUUUUUCAUGUCAGUAAUAAUUUGAAAAAGUAUACAUAUAUCUCUUGUAAAAUAUCGGAUUUAGAUGAAUUUUUUUGUCCAAUUUUAAUAUUUAGUUGCCUAAAUGUCCGCAUAACAUUUUUGUUCUCAGUAUGCCAUCGCUUCUCAAAAUUUAAUAGGUACCUUAUGUAUGUACUUAUUUUCGUUUUUAGAACGAAAUUCUCGAGAAUAUAUUAGACAGCUGUUUACCAAUUUUUUGUAUGUGUAUUAUUUAUGAAUUUUAUAACUUAUAAAUGUACAUUAGCGUGUACUUAUUACGCUCCUACAGUACAGGCAGAGUAAGCACGUUACCGCUUCAGAUAGGUAACUGUAAGUAGACAUGAUCUACCGUUGAGUUAUUUAUGCGUAUGCUUUAUUAUGCAAUUUUUUACGCGCUACCAAAAAUGUCUUUGUUGAAUUAUGUGUACCUACCUAUACAUAAGUCUAUGCGAGGAUAAAAAUGUAUAAAAGAAAGCGUUGUACGAAAGGAGCUCUAAUAAAUUUCUUAUUCGAAUAA